GGAGGUGCUCUCUGGAGACAUCCUCUGCUACACAGUGAGGGUUUGCUCUCUAACAGUCUGUGAAGCAGAUGAACUAAUCCACUGCAAAAUGGUGCUCAGCUUUUCACUGUUGUUCUGCACUUUUGCAUGUGUGAGUUUUGGGAAUGUCAUCACACCGGUCCAGCCUGAGGUGUCUGGGACAGAGGGGGACAGUAUAACUCUGUCCUGUAGCUACUCUUCAGCAAUUACUCUGCAGUGGUAUCGCCAAUAUUCAAACUCAGCUCCUGAAUUUCUUUUGAUAAUAAUGCAUAGCUCAGGGAAAGUUUCACAGAAGUCUAAAAUUGUAGAACAAGAUCCUCGAUUCUCUGGAAAAUACUCAUUGUCAGGACAGGAGGAGGAGUUUAGCAUAGACACUAUUCAGCAUGCAGCUGUAACGCCACUUACAUUUGCAGGUUCCAGAGCCUCAGAAGUCAUCACUCCAAAAAGGGACAGAGAAUUUGCUCUUGAGGGUGACAGUGUGACGCUCUCCUGUAACUACAGCGGUUCUGCUCGUGCUGUUCACUGGUAUCGGCAAUAUGCAGGAUCACCAUCACAGUUCCUCAUACUGGAAGGUUCAGGGGCAACUAUUCAAGCUAAUCCACCCGUUCCAGGAAUAACCAUCAAUCACAGAAAAACAGAACUCCAUGUGGAUCUGAGCAUCUCCUCUGUUAAAGUGACAGACUCUGCUCUGUACUUCUGUGCUCUACGGCCCACAGUGACAGGAAACACAACAACACUGUACAAAAACAAUUUUCUUAUGUUUAUCAAGACUUGAUAUAAAUGUACAAACCACAGCUGGACUC